GAGAACACGCGCGGCCGCAGGGGAGGAGUCACGGGGGUAAGGACCGAGAGAGAGGACCCGUGGGCAGCGAGAGACGCGGGAUCACCUCUCCCUGGGCCCCCAGGCCCUCCUGCCGCAGCCCCUGCCUGGGCCAUGUCUUCCUCCGAUGAAGAAACGCUCAGUGAGCGGUCCUGCCGGAGCGAGCGGUCCUGUCGCAGCGAGCGGUCUUACAGGAGUGAGCGGUCAGGGAGCCUGUCUCCCUGUCCCCCAGGGGACACCUUACCCUGGAACCUGCCACUGCAUGAGCAGAAAAAGCGGAAAAGCCAGGACUCGGUGCUGGACCCUGCAGAACGCGCUGUGGUCAGAGUCGCUGAUGAACGGGACCGCGUGCAGAAGAAGACGUUCACCAAGUGGGUCAACAAGCACCUGAUGAAGGUCCGCAAGCACAUCAAUGAUCUUUAUGAAGAUCUGCGGGAUGGCCAUAACCUGAUCUCCCUCCUGGAGGUCCUCUCAGGCAUCAAACUGCCCCGGGAGAAGGGCAGGAUGCGAUUUCACAGGCUGCAGAACGUGCAGAUUGCCCUGGACUUCCUAAAGCAGCGACAGGUGAAACUAGUGAAUAUUCGCAAUGAUGACAUCACAGAUGGCAACCCCAAGCUGACCCUGGGCCUGAUCUGGACCAUUAUUUUGCACUUCCAGAUCUCUGACAUCUACAUUAGUGGAGAAUCAGGGGACAUGUCAGCUAAGGAGAAGCUGCUCCUGUGGACCCAAAAGGUGACAGCUGGUUACACAGGAAUCAAAUGCACCAACUUUUCCUCCUGCUGGAGUGAUGGGAAGAUGUUCAAUGCACUUAUUCACCGGUACAGACCCGAUCUGGUAGAUAUGGAGAGGGUACAGAUCCAGAGCAACCGAGAGAAUCUGGAACAGGCUUUCGAAGUAGCAGAAAGACUGGGCGUCACCCGGUUACUGGAUGCAGAAGAUGUGGAUGUGCCAUCUCCAGAUGAAAAGUCUGUAAUCACUUAUGUGUCUUCGAUUUAUGAUGCUUUCCCUAAAGUCCCUGAGGGUGGAGAAGGGAUCAGUGCUACGGAAGUAGACUCCAGGUGGCAAGAAUACCAAAGCCGAGUGGACUCCCUCAUUCCCUGGAUCAAACAGCAUACAAUACUGAUGUCAGAUAAAUCCUUUCCCCAGAACCCUGUUGAACUAAAGGCACUUUAUAAUCAAUAUAUACACUUCAAAGAAACAGAAAUUCUGGCCAAGGAGAGAGAAAAAGGAAGAAUUGAAGAAUUGUAUAAACUAUUAGAGGUAUGGAUUGAAUUUGGCCGAAUUAAACUGCCUCAGGGUUAUCACCCUAAUGAUGUGGAAGAAGAGUGGGGAAAACUCAUCAUUGAGAUGCUAGAGCGAGAGAAAUCGCUUCGGCCAGCUGUAGAGAGGCUGGAAUUGCUGCUACAGAUUGCAAACAAAAUCCAGAAUGGUGCUUUGAACUGUGAAGAAAAACUGACACUAGCUAAGAAUACACUGCAGGCUGAUGCUGCUCACCUGGAAUCAGGGCAACCAGUACAGUGUGAGUCAGAUGUCAUCAUGUACAUUCAGGAGUGCGAAGGUCUCAUCAGACAGCUGCAGGUGGAUCUCCAGAUCCUGCGGGAUGAGAAUUAUUACCAGCUGGAAGAGCUGGCUUUUAGGGUCAUGCGUCUGCAGGAUGAGCUGGUCACCUUGCGUCUGGAGUGCACAAACUUGUACCGGAAGGGCCACUUUACUUCACUUGAAUUGGUUCCACCCUCUACUUUAACCACUACUCAUCUGAAGGCAGAACCCCUGACCAAAGGAACCCAUUCUUCUGCCUCCUGGUUCCGCAAGCCCAUGACUCGGGCUGAACUUGUGUCUAUUUCCUCCUCUGAAGAUGAAGGCAAUCUGCGAUUUGUGUAUGAACUGCUAUCUUGGGUGGAAGAAAUGCAGAUGAAAUUGGAACGAGCAGAGUGGGGCAAUGACCUGCCUAGUGUGGAGCUUCAGCUGGAAACACAGCAGCACAUCCAUGCCAGUGUGGAAGAACUGGGCUCGAGUGUCAAAGAGGCCAGGCUCUAUGAGGGAAAAAUGUCCCAAAAUUUCCAUACCAGUUAUGUUGAAACUCUUGGAAAGUUGGAGACACAGUAUUGUAAAUUGAAGGAAACUUCUAGCUUCCGGAAGCACCUUCAGAGCCUGCAUAAAUUUGUCUCUAGAGCUACAGCUGAGUUGAUCUGGUUGAAUGAGAAGGAGGAAGAAGAACUAGCAUAUGACUGGAGUGACAACAAUCCCAAUAUCCCAGCCAAGAAAAAUUACUUCUCUGAGUUGACAAUGGAACUAGAGGAGAAACAGGACGUGUUCCGGUCUCUACAAGAUACAGCCGAGCUGCUGUCACUGGAGAACCACCCAGCCAAGCAGACAGUAGAGGCCUACAGUGCCGCUGUCCAGUCCCAAUUGCAGUGGAUGAAGCAGCUGUGCUUGUGUGUGGAGCAGCAUGUGAAGGAGAAUGCUGCUUACUUUCAGUUCUUCAGUGAUGCCAGAGACCUGGAGUCAUUCUUGAGGAACCUCCAAGACUCCAUCAAACGAAAGUACUCCUGUGACCACAGCACCAGCUUAUCCCGCCUGGAAGACCUGCUUCAGGACUCCAUGGAUGAAAAGGAGCAGCUUAUACAAUCCAAGAGUUCCGUUGCCAGUCUUGUUGGGAGAUCAAAAGCCAUUGUUCAGCUAAAGCCUCGCAGUCCCGACCAUGUGCUAAAGAGCACCAUUUCCGUGAAGGCCAUCUGUGAUUACAGGCAAAUCGAGAUUACUAUUUGCAAGAAUGAUGAGUGUGUGUUGGAAGACAAUUCACAGCGGACCAAGUGGAAAGUGAUCAGCCCCACAGGGAAUGAGGCAAUGGUGCCAUCAGUCUGCUUCCUCAUCCCCCCACCCAAUAAGGAUGCCAUUGAGAUGGCCAGCAGGGUGGAGCAGUCUUACCAGAAGGUGAUGGCCCUUUGGCAUCAGCUACAUGUUAACACCAAAAGCCUUAUCUCCUGGAACUAUCUGAGGAAGGACCUGGAUCUUGUAAAGACCUGGAACCUGGAAAAGCUCCGCUCCUCAGCACCAGGAGAAUGCCACCAGGUUAUGAAGAACCUGCAAACCCACUACGAAGACUUUCUGCAGGAGAGCCGUGACUCGGCACUCUUCUCUGUGGCUGAUCGACUGCGCUUGGAAGAGGAGGUGGAGGCUUGUAAAACCCACUUCCAGCACCUGAUGAAGUCCAUGGAGAAUGAGGACAAAGAGGAAACUGUGGCCAAGACGUACAUUUCAGAGCUGAAGAAUAUCCGGCUGCGCCUGGAGGAGUGUGAACAGAGGCUAGUCAGACGAAUUCAGUCCCCAGCCAGCUCUAGGACUGACAAAGACGCCCGGCAGGACAACGCAUUAAGGAUCGCAGAGCAAGAGCACACCCAGGAGGAUUUGCAGCAACUGAGAUCAGACUUGGAUGCUGUUUCCAUAAAAUGCAACAGCUUUCUCCAUCAGUCCCCAACUGGUUCAAGUGUUCCAACUCUGCGCUCAGAACUCAAUCUGCUGGUGGAGAAAAUGGAGCAUGUGUAUGGGCUCUCCACUGUGUACUUGAACAAGCUAAAGACAAUCGAUGUCAUAGCGCGUAGCAUCCAGGAUGCUGAACUCUUAGUGAAAGGUUAUGAAAUCAAGCUGAGUCAAGAAGAAGCAGUACCAGCUGAUCUCUCAGCUCUGGAGUCCCAUCGGUCUACAUUACAGCACUGGCUCAGUGAUGCGAAGAACAAGAAUUCCAUGUUUUCAGUCCUGGAUGAGGAAAUUGCCAAAGCCAAGAUAGUAGCAGAGCAGCUGAGUCGUCUGACUCCAGAGCGAAACCUGGACUUGGAGCGCUGUCAGGAGAAAGGCUCCCAGCUGCAGGAGCGUUGGCACCGGGUCAUUGCCCAGCUCGAGACCCGCCAAUCUGAGCUAGAAAGUAUCCAGGAAGUUCUGGGAGAUUACCGAGCCUGCCAUGGAACUCUCAUCAAAUGGAUUGAGGAAACCACUGCCCAGCAGGAAAUGAUGAAGCCAGGCCAGGCCGAGGAUAGCAGAGUGCUUUCCGAGCAGCUCAGCCAGCAGACGGAGCUGUUUGCAGAGAUCGAGAGAAAUCAGACAAAACUGGACCAAUGUCAAAAAUUUUCCCAGCAGUACUCCACUAUUGUAAAGGACUAUGAAUUGCAGCUGAUGACAUACAAGGCCUUUGUGGAAUCACAGCAGAAAUCCCCCGGCAAGCGCCGCCGCAUGCUUUCCUCUUCAGAUGCCAUCACGCAAGAGUUCAUGGACUUAAGGACUCGCUACACAGCACUGGUGACCUUAACCACGCAGCACGUGAAGUACAUCAGUGAUGCUCUCCGGCGGCUGGAGGAGGAGGAGAAAGUGGUAGAAGAGGAAAAACAGGAACAUGUGGAGAAAGUUAAAGAACUUUUGGGCUGGGUGUCUACCCUAGUAAAGAAUACACAAGACAAAGCUACGUCACCCCAGACCAAAGAAUCAACAGACAUUGAAAAAGCUAUUUUAGAGCAGCAGGUUCUGGCAGAGGAGCUGACAACCAAGAGGGAACAAGUCUCUGAGACCAUUAAAACUUCACAGAUCUUCUUGGCCAAGCACGGUCAUAAGCUCUCAGAAAAAGAGAAGGAACAGAUAUCUGAGCAGUUGAAUGCCCUGAAUAAGGCUUACCAUGACCUUUGCGAUGGUUCAGCAAACCAGCUUCAGCAGCUUCAGAGCCAGUUGGCCCAACAGACAGAACAAAAGACCCUGCAGAAACAACAAAAUUCCUGUCACCAGAAACUGGAGGAUCUUUGCAGCUGGGUGGGACAGGCAGAAAGAGCAUUGGCAGGCCACCAAGAUAGAGCCACCCAGCAGGAUCUCUCUGCUUUGCAGCAAAACCAAAGUGACUUGAAGGAUUUACAGGAUGACAUUCAGAAUCGUGCCACCUCAUUUGCCAGUGCUGUCAAAGAUAUUGAAGGGUUCCUGGAAGAGAACCAGGCCAAGCUAAGCCCCCAUGAGUUGACAGCUCUACGGGAAAAACUUCAUCAGGCUAAGGAGCAGUAUGAGGCUCUCCAGGAAAGGACGAAAGUGGUCCAGAAGGAGCUCGAGGAAGUAGUGACCUCGGCCUUACAGCAGGAAACUGAAAAGAGUAAAGCAGCAAAGGAACUGGCAGAGAACAGGAGUAAGAUUGAUGCUCUCUUGGAUUGGGUGACUUCAGUGGGCUCAUCGGGUGGACGGAUGGAGGAGCCUUCAGGAGGUUACCUGGGGAAAGGAGCCUUGGAUACCACUGAUGGUCACACUGGGGUGAACCAAGCCCCAGAGAAGCUGGACAAGCAAUGUGAGAAGAUGAAGGCUUAUCACCAAGAACUGCUAUCUCAGCAGCAAAAUUUCAUCCUGGCCACUCAGUCAGCUCAGGCCUUCCUGGACCAGCACGGCCACAAUCUCACACCCCAGGAACAGCAGAUGCUGCAGGAGAAGCUGGGAGAGCUGAAGGAGCAGUAUGCGACUUCCCUGGCCCGGUCAGAGGCGGAACUGAAGCAGGUGCAGACUCUCCGGGACGAGCUGCAAAAGUUUCUGCAGGAUCAUCAAGAGUUUGAGAACUGGCUGGAACGGUCUGAGAAAGAGCUGGAGAACAUGCGUAAGGGAGGCAGCAGCCCCGAAGCCCUUCCCGCCCUGCUGAAGCGGCAGGGGAGCUUCUCAGAGGAUGUGAUUUCCCACAAAGGAGACCUGAGAUUCGUGACGAUCUCAGGACAGAAAGUCUUGGACACAGAAAACAGCCUUGAGAAAGGCAAAGAGCCAUCAGCAACUGGAACCUUAGUGAAGGACAAGCUGAAGGAUGCAACAGAAAGAUACACGGCUCUCCAUUCAGAGUGUGCACGAUUGGGCGCUCACCUGAAUACGUUGCUGGGCCAGUACCAGCAGUUCCAGAGCAGCGCUGAUAGCCUGCAGGCCUGGAUGAAAGCUUGUGAGGCCAGUGUGGAGAAGCUCCUCUCAGAUACCAUUGCCUCUGACCCUGGGGUCCUACAACAGCAGCUUGCAACAACGAAGCAGUUGCAGGAGGAACUAGCUGAGCACGAAGUACCUGUAGAAAAGCUCCAAAAAGUUGCUCAUGACCUCAUGGAAAUUGAAGGGGAGCCAGCCCCAGAUUGCAAGCAUGUUCAAGAAACUACAGAUUCCAUGCUCAGCCAUUUCCAAAGCCUCUCCAGCAGACUGGCUGAGCGCUCUGCUCUCCUGCAGAAGGCAAUUGCCCAGUCUCAGAGCGUGCAGGAAAGCCUGGACAGCCUGUUGCAGUCCAUCAGGGAAGUUGAAAACAACCUGGAAGAGGAGCAGGUGGCAUCUCUGUCAUCAGGAGUCAUCCAGGAAGCCCUGGCCACUAACAUGAAACUGAAGCAGGACAUUGGUCGGCAAAAGAGCAGCUUGGAGGCCACCCGUGAGAUGGUGACCCGAUUCAUGGAGACAGCAGACAGCACCACGGCUGCAGUGCUGCAGGGUAAACUGGCGGAGGUGAGCCAUCGCUUCGAACAGCUCUGUCUACAGCAGCAAGAAAAGGAGAGCUCCCUAAAAAAGCUUCUGCCCCAGGCAGAGAUGUUUGAACAUCUCUCUGAUAAGCUGCAGCAAUUCAUGGAAAACAAAAGUCGGAUGCUGGCCUCUGGAAAUCAGCCAGAUCAAGAUAUUGCGCAUUUCUUCCAGCAGAUCCAGGAGCUCAAUUUGGAAAUGGAAGACCAGCAGGAGAACCUGGAUACUCUUGAGCACCUGGUCACUGACCUGAGCUCCUGCGGCUUUGCACUGGACCUGUCCCAGCACCAGAACAGGGUACAGAACCUCAAAAAGGACUUCACAGAGCUACAGAAGACAGUUAAAGAAAGAGAGGAAGAUGCAUCGUCUUGCCAGGAGCAGUUAGAUGAAUUCCGGAAGCUGGUUAGGACUUUUCAGAAAUGGCUGAAGGAAACUGAAGGGACCAUUCCGCCUACGGAGACUUUCAUGAGUACUAAAGAGCUGGAAAAGCAGAUUGAACACCUGAAGGGUCUUCUAGAUGAAUGGGCAAGUAAGGGAACUUUGGUAGAAGAAAUCAAUUGCAAAGGCACUUCUUUAGAAAAUCUCAUCAUGGACAUCACAGCACCUGAUUCCCAAGCAAAGACAGGUUCCAUACUGCCCCCUGUAGGAAGCUCUGUAGGCAGUGUAAACGGAUACCACACCUGCAAAGAUCUGACGGAGAUCCAGUGUGACAUGUCAGAUGUAAACCUGAAAUAUGAGAAACUCGGGGAAGUGCUACGGGAACGCCAGGAAAGCCUUCAGGCUGUCCUCAGCAGAGUGCAGGAAGUUCAGAAGGAGGCAAGCUCCGUGCUCCAGUGGCUGGAAUCAAAAGAGGAAGUCCUGAAAGGCUUGGAUGCCUCUUCAUCUCCAACCAAGACAGAGACAGUGAGAGCCCAAGCUGAGUCUAACAAGGCCUUCCUGGCUGAACUGGAACAGAAUUCUCCGAAAGUCCAAAAUGUAAAGGAAGCCCUGACUGCAUUACUGAUGACAUAUCCCAACUCACAAGAAGCAGAAAACUGGAAGAAAAUGCAAGAGGAGCUCAAUUCCCGAUGGGAAAGGGCCACUGAGGUGACAAUGGCUCGGCAAAGGCAGCUGGAGGAAUCUGCAAGUCAUCUCGCCUGCUUCCAGGCUGCAGAAUCCCAGCUCCGCCCCUGGCUGAUGGAGAAGGAACUGAUGAUGGGAGUGCUGGGCCCCCUGUCUAUUGACCCCAACAUGCUGAAUGCACAAAAGCAGCAGGUCCAGUUUAUGCUGAAGGAAUUUGAAGCACGUAGGCAACAGCAUGAGCAGCUGAACGAGGCAGCUCAGGGCAUCCUAACAGGCCCGGGAGAGGUCUCUCCAUCCAGCAGCCAGGUACAGAAGGAGCUCCAGAGCAUCAAUCAGAAGUGGAUUGAGCUGACUAACAAACUCAAUUCCCGUUCCAGCCAAAUUGACCAAGCCAUUGUCAAAAGCACCCAGUACCAGGAACUGCUCCAGGACUUGUCAGAGAAAGUGAAGGCAGUUGGACAGCGACUGAGUGGCCAGUCAGCCAUCAGCACUCAACCUGAGGCUGUGAAGCAGCAAUUGGAGGAGACCAGUGAGAUUCGAUCUGACGUAGAGCAGCUAGACCAUGAGAUUAAGGAGGCACAGGCCCUCUGCGAUGAACUUUCAGUGCUCAUUGGUGAGCAGUACCUCAAGGAUGAGCUGAAGAAGCGUCUGGAGACAGUUGCCCUGCCUCUCCAAGGUUUAGAAGACCUUGCAGCGGAUCGCAUGAACAGACUCCAGGCAGCCCUUGCCAGCACCCAGCAGUUCCAGCAAAUGUUUGAUGAGCUGAGAUCCUGGUUGGAUGACAAACAAAGCCAGCAAGUGAAAAACUGCCCCAUCUCUGCGAAAUUGGAGCGGCUGCAGUCUCAGCUACAGGAGAACGAAGAGUUUCAGAAGAGCCUUAACCAGCACAGUGGUUCCUAUGAGGUGAUUGUGGCAGAAGGAGAAUCUCUGCUUCUGUCUGUUCCUCCUGGAGAGGAGAAGAAGACUUUACAAAACCAGCUGGUUGAACUCAAAAGCCACUGGGAAGAGCUUAGUAAAAAAACUGCAGACAGACAGUCCAGACUCAAGGACUGUCUGCAGAAAGCUCAGAAAUAUCAGUGGCAUGUGGAAGACCUGGUGCCAUGGAUAGAAGACUGUAAGGCCAAGAUAUCUGACCUGCGGGUCACUCUGGACCCAGUGCAGCUGGAGUCCAGUCUCCUGAGGUCAAAGGCUAUGCUGAGUGAGGUGGAAAAGCGCCGCUCCCUGCUGGAAAUACUGAACAGCGCUGCUGACAUUCUCAUCAACUCUUCGGAAACGGAUGAAGAUGACAUCCGGGACGAGAAGGCUGGCAUCAACCAGAACAUGGAUUCCAUUACAGAAGAGCUACAGGCCAAAACAGGGUCCCUUGAAGAAAUGACCCAGAGGCUCAAGGAGUUCCAAGAAAGCUUUAAGAACAUUGAAAAGAAAGUUGAAGGGGCCAAACACCAACUUGAAAUCUUUGACGCUCUUGGCUCUCAAGCCUGCAGCAACAAGAACCUGGAGAAGCUGAGAGCCCAACAGGAAGUGCUGCAGAGCCUGGAGCCUCAGGUGGACUACCUGAGGAACUUCACACGGGGCCUGGUGGAGGAUGCCCCAGAUGGAUCUGACGCUUCCCAGCUUCUGCGUCAAGCGGAGGUGACCCAGCAGGACUUCCUAGAAGUGAAGCAAAGAGUGAACAGUGGUUGCAUGGUGAUGGAAAACAAGCUGGAGGGUAUUGGCCAGUUUCACUGCCGAGUCCGAGAAAUGUUUUCUCAGUUGGCAGACCUGGACGAUGAGCUUGAUUGCAUGGGUGCCAUCGGCAGAGACACUGACAGCCUCCAGUCCCAGAUCGAGGAUGUGCGGCUAUUCCUUAGCAAAAUCCAAGCCCUCAAGUUAGACAUCGAGGCCUCGGAAGCAGAGUGCCGACAAAUGCUGGAGGAAGAGGGGACUCUGGACCUGUUGGGGCUCAAGAGGGAGCUGGAAGCCCUGAACAAACAGUGUGGCAAACUGAUGGAGAGGAGUAAAGCUCGACAGGAGCAGCUGGAGCUGACCCUGGGCCGCGUCGAGGACUUCUAUCGGAAGUUGAAAGCCCUCAAUGACAUGACGACAGCGGCAGAGGAAGGAGAGGCCCUCCAGUGGGUGGUGGGGACCGAGGUGGAUGUCAUCAACCAGCAACUGGCAGAUUUCAAAAUGUUUCAGAAAGAACAGGUGGAUCCUCUUCAGAUGAAAUUACAGCAGGUGAAUGGACUCGGCCAGGGAUUGGUUCAGAGUGCUGGAAAAAACUGUGAUGUGCAGGGUUUGGAACAUGACAUGGAAGAAAUCAACACUCGGUGGAACACACUGAAUAAAAAGGUUGCACAAAGAAUUGCCCAACUGCAGGAGGCUUUGUUGCAUUGUGGGAAGUUCCAAGAUGCCUUGGAGCCAUUGCUCAGCUGGUUGGCAGACACUGAGGAGCUCAUAGCCAAUCAGAAACCUCCAUCUGCUGAGUAUAAAGUGGUGAAAGCACAGAUCCAAGAACAGAAGUUGCUACAGCGGCUCCUAGAUGAUCGAAAGGCCACAGUAGACAUGCUUCAAGCAGAAGGAGGCAGAAUCGCCCAGUCAGCCGAGCUGGCUGAUAGAGAGAAAAUCACUGGACAGUUGGAGAGUCUUGAAAGUAGAUGGACUGGACUCCUCAGCAAGGCAGCAGCCAGGCAAAAACAGCUGGAAGAUAUCCUGGUUCUGGCUAAACAAUUCCAUGAGACAGCUGAGCCUAUUUCUGACUUCUUAUCUGUCACCGAGAAAAAGCUUGCUAACUCAGAACCUGUUGGCACUCAGACUGCCAAAAUACAGCAGCAAAUCAUUCGGCACAAGGCUCUGGAAGAAGAAAUAGACAGCCAUGCAGCAGAUGUGCACCAGGCAGUCAAAAUUGGGCAGUCCCUCUCCUCCCUGACGUGUCGUGCAGAGCAGGGUGUCCUGUCAGAAAAGCUAGACUCCUUGCAGGCCCGAUUCAAUGAGAUUCAAGACCGGUGCUGUCGGAAAGCAGCCCUGCUUGAACAAGCGCUGUCUAAUGCUAGGCUCUUCGGGGAGGAUGAGGUGGAAGUGCUCAACUGGCUGGCUGAGGUUGAGGACAAGCUCAGUACAGUGUUCGUAAAGGAUUACAGACAGGAUGUCCUACAGAAGCAGCAUGCUGACCACCUGGCUUUAAAUGAAGAAAUUGUUAAUAGAAAAAAGAAUGUAGAUCAAGCUAUUAAAAACGGCCAGGCUCUGCUAAAACAGACCACAGGUGAGGAGGUAUUGCUCAUCCAAGAGAAACUGGACGGCAUAAAGACUCGCUACGCAGAUAUCACAGUCACCAGCUCCAAGGCCCUCAGAACCUUAGAGCAAGCCCGGCAGCUGGCCACCAAGUUCCAGUCCACUUAUGAGGAACUGACCGGGUGGCUGAGGGAGGUGGAAGAGGAGCUGGCAGCCAGUGGAGGACAGUCUCCCACAGGGGAGCAGAUACCCCAGUUUCAGCAGAGACAGAAGGAGCUGAAGAAGGAGGUCAUGGAGCACAGGCUGGUGUUGGACACGGUGAAUGAGGUGAGCCAUGCGCUCUUAGAGCUGGUGCCCUGGAGAGCCAGAGAAGGGCUGGAUAAACUUGUGUCCGAUGCCAACGAGCAGUACAAGCUGGUCAGUGACACUGUUGGACAAAGGGUGGAUGAAAUUGAUGCUGCUAUUCAGAGAUCACAACAGUAUGAGCAAGCUGCUGAUGCAGAGCUAGCUUGGGUUGCUGAAACAAAACGGAAACUGAUGGCCCUGGGUCCAAUUCGCCUGGAACAGGACCAGACCACAGCUCAGCUGCAGGUACAGAAGGCUUUCUCCAUUGACAUUAUUCGACACAAAGAUUCCAUGGAUGAACUCUUCAGUCAUCGUGGUGAAAUCUUUGGCACAUGUGGAGAGGAGCAAAAAGCUCUAUUACAGGAAAAGACAGAGUCUUUAAUACAGCAAUACGAAGCCAUUAGUCUGCUCAAUUCAGAGCGUUACGCCCGCCUGGAGCGAGCACAGGUCUUGGUGAACCAGUUUUGGGAAACUUAUGAGGAGCUCAGCCCCUGGAUUGAGGAAACUCGGGGACUGAUAGCACAGUUGCCUCCUCCGGCCAUUGAUCACGAACAGCUCAGGCAUCAACAGGAGGAAAUGAGGCAACUAAGGGAAUCCAUUGCUGAACACAAACCUCAUAUUGAUAAACUGCUAAAGAUAGGCCCCCAACUAAAGGAGUUAAACCCUGAAGAGGGGGAAAUGGUGGAAGAAAAAUACCAGAAAGCAGAAAAUACAUAUGCCCAAAUCAAAGAGGAGGUGCGCCAGCGGGCCCUGGCCCUGGAUGAGGCUGUUUCCCAGUCAGCUCAGAUUACAGAGUUCCAUGAUAAAAUCGAGCCCAUGUUGGAGACUCUGGAGAAUCUUUCCUCUCGCCUGCGUAUGCCACCACUGAUCCCUGCUGAAGUAGACAAGAUCAGGGAAUGCAUCAGUGACAACAAGAGUGCAACGGUGGAGCUGGAGAAGCUGCAGCCGUCCUUCGAGGCCCUGAAGCGCCGUGGAGAAGAGCUCAUUGGGCGAUCUCAGGGAGCCGACAAGGAUCUGGCUGCAAAAGAAAUCCAAGACAAGUUGGAUCAAAUGGUGUUCUUCUGGGAGGACAUCAAAGCUCGGGCUGAAGAGCGAGAAAUUAAAUUCCUUGAUGUCCUUGAGCUAGCGGAGAAGUUCUGGUACGACAUGGCAGCUCUCCUGACCACCAUCAGAGACACCCAGGACAUUGUCCACGACUUGGAAAGCCCUGGCAUUGACCCAUCCAUCAUCAAGCAGCAGGUCGAAGCUGCUGAGACUAUUAAGGAAGAGACAGAUGGUCUGCAUGAGGAGCUGGAGUUUAUUCGAAUCCUUGGAGCAGAUUUGAUUUUUGCCUGUGGAGAAACUGAGAAGCCAGAAGUGAAGAAGAGCAUUGAUGAGAUGAAUAAUGCCUGGGAGAACUUAAACAAAACAUGGAGAGAGAGGCUGGAAAAGCUCGAGGAUGCCAUGCAAGCUGCUGUGCAGUAUCAGGACACUCUUCAGGCUAUGUUCGACUGGCUAGAUAACACUGUGAUUAAACUCUGCACAAUGCCUCCUGUCGGCACUGACCUCAACACUGUUAAAGAUCAGUUAAAUGAAAUGAAGGAAUUCAAAGUGGAAGUUUACCAGCAGCAAAUUGAGAUGGAGAAACUCAAUCACCAGGGUGAACUGAUGUUAAAGAAAGCUACCGAUGAAACGGACAGAGACAUUAUACGAGAACCCUUGACGGAACUCAAACACCUCUGGGAGAACCUGGGUGAGAAAAUUGCUCACAGACAGCAUAAGCUGGAAGGUGCUCUCUUGGCCCUUGGCCAGUUCCAGCAUGCCUUAGAGGAGCUAAUGAGUUGGCUGACUCACACUGAAGAGUUGCUAGAUGCUCAGAGACCGAUAAGCGGAGACCCAAAAGUCAUUGAAGUUGAGCUCGCAAAGCACCACGUUCUAAAAAAUGAUGUUUUGGCCCAUCAAGCCACGGUGGAAACAGUCAAUAAAGCUGGCAAUGAGCUUCUUGAAUCUAGCGCUGGAGAUGAUGCCAGCAGCUUAAGGAGCCGUUUGGAAACAAUGAACCAGUGCUGGGAGUCAGUAUUACAAAAAACAGAGGAGCGGGAGCAGCAGCUUCAGUCAACACUGCAGCAGGCCCAGGGUUUCCACAGUGAAAUUGAAGAUUUCCUCUUGGAACUGACUAGAAUGGAGACCCAACUUUCAGCAUCCAAGCCUACAGGAGGACUUCCAGAAACUGCUAGGGAACAGCUUGAUACACACAUGGAACUCUAUUCCCAGCUCAAAGCCAAGGAGGAGACUUACAAUCAGCUACUGGACAAGGGCAGGCUGAUGCUUCUCAGCCGCGAUGAUUCUGGGUCUGGCUCAAAGACAGAACAGAGCGUGGCACUCUUGGAGCAGAAGUGGCAUGUGGUCAGCAGUAAGAUGGAAGAAAGAAAGUCAAAGCUGGAAGAAGCCCUCAACCUGGCAACAGAAUUCCAGAAUUCCCUGCAAGAAUUUAUCAACUGGCUCACUCUGGCAGAGCAGAGUUUAAACAUCGCCUGUCCUCCUAGCCUGAUUCUAAACACAGUCCUUUCCCAGAUAGAGGAGCACAAGGUGUUUGCUAAUGAAGUAAAUGCUCAUCGAGACCAGAUUAUUGAGCUGGAUCAAACUGGGAAUCAGUUAAAGUUCCUUAGCCAAAAACAGGAUGUUGUUCUGAUCAAAAAUUUGUUGGUUAGCGUCCAGUCUCGAUGGGAGAAGGUUGUCCAGCGAUCUAUUGAAAGAGGGCGCUCCCUGGAUGAUGCCCGAAAGCGGGCAAAGCAAUUCCAUGAAGCUUGGAAAAAACUGAUUGACUGGCUAGAAGAUGCAGAGAGUCACCUGGACUCAGAACUGGAGAUAUCCAACGACCCAGACAAAAUCAAACUUCAGCUCUCCAAGCAUAAGGAGUUCCAGAAAACUCUUGGUGGCAAGCAGCCUGUGUAUGAUACCACAAUUCGAACGGGCAGAGCCUUGAAAGAAAAGACUUUGCUUCCUGAUGACACUCAGAAACUUGACAACUUACUGGGUGAAGUCAGAGACAAAUGGGAUACUGUUUGUGGCAAGUCUGUGGAGAGGCAGCACAAGCUGGAGGAGGCCCUGCUGUUUUCAGGCCAGUUCAUGGACGCUCUGCAGGCCCUGGUCGACUGGUUGUACAAGGUGGAGCCACAGCUGGCUGAGGACCAGCCAGUGCACGGGGACCUGGACCUUGUCAUGAACCUCAUGGAUGCCCACAAGGUUUUCCAGAAGGAGCUGGGAAAGCGCACAGGAACCGUUCAGGUCCUAAAGCGGUCAGGCCGGGAGCUGAUUGAGAACAGUCGCGAUGACACCACGUGGGUGAAAGGGCAGCUCCAGGAACUGAGCACUCGCUGGGACACCGUGUGCAAACUCUCCGUCUCCAAACAGAGCCGGCUUGAGCAGGCCUUGAAGCAGGCAGAAGAGUUUCGGGACACGAUCCACAUGCUGUUGGAGUGGCUUUCUGAAGCCGAGCAAACACUGCGCUUUCGGGGAGCACUUCCUGAUGACACAGAGGCCCUGCAGUCUCUCAUCGACACCCAUAAGGAAUUUAUGAAGAAAGUGGAAGAGAAGCGAGUGGAUGUUACCAGCGCAGUGGCCAUGGGAGAGGUGAUCCUGGCCGUCUGCCACCCUGACUGCAUCACUACCAUCAAACACUGGAUCACCAUCAUCCGAGCUCGCUUCGAGGAGGUCCUGACAUGGGCCAAACAGCACCAGCAGCGUCUGGAAGCCGCCCUGUCAGAACUGGUGGCCAAUGCCGAGCUCUUGGAAGAACUUCUGGCGUGGAUCCAGUGGGCCGAGACUACCCUCAUUCAGCGGGAUCAGGAGCCCAUCCCUCAGAACAUUGACCGAGUUAAAGCCCUUAUCGCCGAGCAUCAGACGUUUAUGGAGGAGAUGACUUGUAAACAGCCUGACGUGGACCGGGUCACCAAGACGUACAAAAGGAAAAUCAUAGAGCCGGCCCAUGCCCCUUUCAUGGAGAAGUCCCGUGGUGGCAGCCGAAAGUCCUUGAGUCAGCCCACACCUCCUCCCAUGCCAAUCCUUUCACAAUCUGAAGCAAAAAAUCCACGGAUCAACCAGCUCUCUGCCCGCUGGCAGCAGGUGUGGCUCUUGGCACUAGAGCGGCAGCGGAAGCUGAACGAUGCCCUGGACCGGCUGGAGGAGUUGAAGGAAUUUGCCAACUUUGACUUUGAUGUCUGGAGGAAAAAGUAUAUGCGUUGGAUGAAUCACAAGAAGUCUCGGGUGAUGGAUUUCUUCCGGCGAAUUGACAAGGACCAGGAUGGGAAGAUAACACGUCAGGAGUUUAUUGAUGGCAUCCUAGCAUCCAAGUUCCCUACUACCAAGUUAGAGAUGACUGCUGUUGCUGACAUUUUUGACCGUGACGGGGAUGGUUACAUUGAUUACUAUGAAUUUGUGGCUGCUCUCCAUCCCAAUAAGGAUGCUUAUCGACCAACCGACGCAGAUAAAAUUGAAGAUGAGGUCACAAGACAAGUGGCUCAGUGCAAAUGUGCAAAAAGGUUUCAGGUGGAGCAGAUUGGAGAGAAUAAAUACCGGUUUGGGGACUCCCAGCAGCUGCGGCUGGUCCGCAUCCUGCGCAGCACAGUGAUGGUCCGCGUUGGUGGAGGAUGGAUGGCCCUGGAUGAAUUUCUCGUGAAAAAUGACCCCUGCCGAGCACGGGGUAGAACUAACAUUGAACUUCGAGAGAAAUUCAUCCUGCCUGAGGGGGCAUCCCAGGGAAUGACCCCAUUCCGAUCACGGGGUCGAAGGUCCAAACCAUCUUCCCGGGCGGCCUCCCCUACACGCUCCAGCUCGAGCGCUAGUCAGAGUAACCACAGCUGCACAUCCAUGCCGUCUUCUCCAGCCACCCCAGCCAGUGGCACCAAGGUUAUUCCAUCCACAGGCAGCAAGUUGAAACGACCGACACCAGCUUUUCAUUCAAGCCGAACAUCCCUUGCUGGCGAUACCAGCAAUAGUUCUUCCCCAGCCUCCACAGGUGCCAAAACUAACCGGGCAGACCCUAAAAAGUCAGCCAGUCGCCCUGGGAGUCGAGCUGGGAGUCGGGCCGGGAGUCGGGCCAGCAGCCGGCGAGGGAGUGAUGCCUCUGACUUUGACCUUUUGGAGACGCAGUCAGCUUGUUCAGACACUUCAGAGAGUAGCGCCGCAGGGGGCCAGGGCACCUCCAGGAGAGGGCUGAACAAGCCUUCCAAAAUCCCCACCAUGUCUAAGAAGACCACCACUGCCUCCCCCAGGACUCCGGGUCCCAAGCGAUAACACUGUACAAGCACCCACCAGCCUCUCUCCACGUUGAUCCUGCUCCAUACAUUGGGUGUAUAUUUAUUCUGAAUGGGAGAAGUUAUAUUGUUAAAAUUGUAAAAGAAUAAUUGUGUUAUGAAGCUGCCUUAUUUUUUUUUCUUUUUGUAAGUUACUAUUUUCAUGUGAAUAUUUAUGUAGAUAAAGUUUGCCUCCUGGUAACCCUGUAAUGGAUGGGGCCCAGAAAUGAAAUAUUUGAGAAAAACAAGCGAAAAGGUCAAGACGCAAAUGUGUAUUAAAAAAAAAAAAGAAGAAAAGAAAAGCCUCUAAAUAGGGUUUCUGCGCGGUGCAGGGUUGUAAACCUGCUUUAUCUUUUAGGAUUAUUCCUAAAUGCAUCUUCUUUAUAAACUUGACUUGCUAUGUCAGCAAGAUAAAUUAUAUUAAAAAAAUAAGAAUCCUGCAGUGUUUAAGGAACUCUUUUUUUUUUUUUUUUUUUUUUUUUUUUUUUUUUUGUAAAUCACAAACACCUCAACUAGCAAGAACUGAGGGGAGGGCACUUCUGAGUGCUUUUCCAUUGUUUUUAAUGUUGUGUGUGAUUUUAGCUGAGGAGAGGGCGCCUCAUCUAGGUACUGUUUGCACAUGAUACAGCAAAAGGAGUUCACUGCAAUACUGUCUUUGAAUACUGUUUCAAUACUGGGCUUUUAAAGGACAAAUAGCUGCUAGAAAUCAGGGGUAAAUGUAACUGUUCAGAAAACACGUCAGAACAUUGGGAUUUUUAAGAGUCCUGGUUUGUAACUUCCUACCCAGCCCGGCCACCAAUAACGCCACCAGUAAUGCCUGUGCUCACCGGGACCCAGGCUUUCAGCAAGGGGACACUCCUUGGUGGCGUUUUGAAUUACAGAUUCGUUUAUCUGCAUUUUCUUGCUAUUUGAAAUGGUCCAUCAACUUCCCACAAACUGAGGAAUGAAUUCCACGAGCCUAUUCUGAAAAUGUGGACAGAAACACUCGCUCGUCCUUUAAAGGAGAUCACCAGCACACUCGUUAACAAGUCCCGUUUGCUUGUCUUUUUUUGUGCGUAAUAAAGUCCACUGACCAAGUGACCCUGAAGAGGGGCUGCCUGGGGCUCCUGUUUUUUAGCUGCUGUUCCUCUUCAGCUCCGACCACGUUGCUGUGUGAUUAUCUCAAUUGGUUUUAAUUGAGGCAGAAACUGAAGCUCUACCAAUGAACUGUUUAAAAAUAAGACACACUUUUGUAUUAAAAUUGCUUGCAGUAACGAA